GUGGAUCGUAUCAUCUUCUGCGUCUUUUUGGAGGUUGACUACAAAAUUUUCAAGAAGAAAAUGGGCGAGUUUUUCCCUCUGGAUGAUGCUAAUGAAGAAGGGACUGAGCUGAGUGAAGAGACAGGAGGAUCGGGGCAAAAAGGACAGCCUCCAUCUCCCACAAAGAGCGAAGCAGAGCAGCCUGAGGACCUGCAAGAUGAUGCUGAAGGUGGUAACGGCACAGAGAAGAAAAACACUGAAGAAACCGAGGCCCAGAGCCGAGAAGCAGAUGAGACAAAACCUUCAGCUGUAGCUAGCCUAUCAUCAUCAGAAGAAACAGAGCUGAGUGAGGAUAAAUACUCCCUGAAAGACUCCAAAGGCGCACGGGAGAGUGACCCAGCGCAUCCUGUGGGAUGUGAACAAGAUCAAGCCGAAGGACGACAGGAUGUUUCUGCAGAGGAGGAGAUGAAAACUGGGGCAGAUUCCCAAAGCUCCUGCAUGGAAAUAGAAGAGCCAUUGUUGAACCAAGAAGACACAACAGAAGUUGAGGUACCUUUGAUUCAUGGUGCAGAGGAUAAAGAAGAAGGAAAAGAAGGAGGAGGUUUGCAUUUUGAGAAAACUUCUGUGGAGCCUAUGAAAGCUGACCUUGCAUGUGAAGCGGCAGACGUUUCAAAUAAGGAUGGAGAGCUCACGGCUUCGCAGCUGAAAGCACAAGCAUAUAUCACCAGCUUCCCGAAAGCUGCAUCCUCACUUCCUAACACAAUAGGAGAAAAGAAAAAGAUGAAGGCGGUGUCAGACCUGAAAUUUCAUACUUUUUUUUAUAAGCUUGUGCGGGCCGAUGAACGCGCCAUCGGCAUCCCGACCUUCGGAAGCUGCGCCGUGGCUCGUCGCUACCUGACCUUUAAGCACGUAGCUUCCUUGCAAGGGGAGAGCGGGAUGCCUUGCUGCCGACGCACAUCCACGGGGUCAGCAGCCGCUGCAAGCGCUUUGACGGAUGCGAACCACGUGCUAGGUUAUUUCUUCUCCUCUUGCGAGGAACUGGCUUUUGCGGGGAAGUCCUUCCCUGGUCGUAAUUCGAGAGCUGCGAAGCAGCUCGCAGAUUGA